GAUAAGUUUCGGUGUCACAUGUAUUUCAUUUAGCUAUCCCUAUGGUGAUGAGAAGAGAUAAUUUGCCAUAUUUCCCAUGUCCACUUUCGAGUUUGAUCAUGUUCGCCUUUUCCAUUCCAGUUGCUAUGUGUAUAAAUUCUUUGCCACCUUCUUGUCCUUCCCAUGUACUAGACGCAAUCAAACUUUGAGCCCAGAUAAGAGAGAAAGAACCAGGCUCAGCAAGACGUGAUCUACAAUGAGCUCAGUUGUGAUAUCAAUUCGGGAUGGAAUGAAUGAUGUUGUUGCUUCAAAACACAAUAAAAGUUUCCGGUCAUAUCUCGCUUCUGUUUCUGGUUUUAUUAGAGAAUGGAGAAGCAAGUAUGACAUGAGGAGGGUGAUUCACAGCAUUAAGGUCGGGAUAGCCCUCGUUCUGGUUUCGCUUUUCUAUCUCGUCAAUCCACUCUACAACCAGGUUGGCGAGAAUGCCAUGUGGGCGAUCAUGACUGUCGUGGUCAUCUUCGAGUUUUAUGCUGGUGCUACACUCGGCAAGGGAAUAAAUCGAGGGAUCGGGACGAUACUGGGAGGUGGCUUAGGGUGCAUGGCAGCUGUUCUAGCUCAACAAAUUGGUGGAGUUGGGAACUCGGUUUUAGUGGGGUUCUCUGUCUUUGUAUUCGGGGCUGCUGCAACGUAUUCCCGGCUAAUUCCUAGCAUCAAGAGAAGAUAUGACUAUGGGGCCAUGAUAUUCAUCCUCACCUUUAAUCUGGUGGUGGUGUCGGGAUUAAGGGCAGGGCAAGUCAUGGAUAUAGCUCGGGAUCGUCUUGCUACAAUCGGGAUUGGAUUUGCCAUAUGCAUCUUCACAAGCUUGCUAGUUUUCCCUAACUGGGCAAGUGACGAACUUCAUGUCUCUGUAGCCUCCAAAUUUGAAGAUGUUGGUUCUUCCAUUGAAGGAUGCAUGGAGGGGUACUUCAUGUCGGGGAAUGAGAAGGAAAAGCAGGGAAGCAAUAACUGCAAAAAUUGCAAAGCUGUUCUGCAUUCGAAAUCUAAGGAUGAGAUGCUGGCUAAUUUCGCAAGGUGGGAGCCAUGGCAUGGAAAAUUCGGUUUCUCAUAUCCGUGGAACAAGUAUCUGCAGAUCGGGGAGAAUCUUAGAGAGCUAGCUGUUACUGUUAUUUCACUGAGAAGCUGCCUUGAAUCUCCAAGACAGCCCACCAAAAAUCUCCGGGAGCCAAUGACAGAACCAUGCAGCUCUGUCAUGUCAAUGCUUGCUUGGGCUCUGAGGGAGCUCAGAGAGAGCAUCAUGAAAAUGAGAAGAUUCCAAGUAGGGGAGGAGGUGCUAUCGAAGUUGAAGGCGGUAAGAGUCGAGCUGACCCUGCUCACACCUCAAACAAUGCUUGCUCCAUUACAGAAGGAUGAGGAACUGGCUGUGGCCAGUUUCUUGUUCUUGCUUAUGGAGAUGGUCGAGAAAGUGGAGGAGCUGGCAAAGGAGGUAGAGGAGCUUGGUGAACUUGCCAGUUUCCCCGCUCUAUAGUCAGUCUUUUCGAUGUUAACAACCUGUGCAACUAACUAGCUUAGCAAAUAAACAGAUUGCUAAUAAUUUCGUGUCGAAUGAAAAUAUACAAGAAAAGUUGACAGUAGAAAGAGAUGGAGUGACUUAUAUGAUGACUAUAUGGAGUAUCAAUAUGUAAGAAACAGAGAAAGAGAUCGACAUUGCGCCAUAUCGACGAGCUUAUGAACGCUGGAAGGGCAGCUUCUUGAGUUCUGAACUUUGUAAGUUUAACAGUUAAUAAGAACAAUACCGAACUUUGUGA